ACGCAAUUCACUUUAGUAUGCUCUGCGAACACAGUCUCGUAUGGCGCGCGGCAUGUGUUUACUAUAAUUUUAAAUAUUCUUAACACAAUUUGCUAAUGAAUUUAUAGCUUUCGGCAGAAUUUCUCGUUGAUUAAGUGACAUUGUGAAGUAAUUGAGUCGCUGUGUGUAUGCAGAGUAAACAUUUAUAUUAAAUUUAUCACGGAACUGAUAUAUUAAGGCGUUUGUUUGUGUUACUAUACCGGUAACUCCCUACCAAAGAAAAUGGAGAUAUUUGGAACCGGAUUUUUAUUAUGGUGUAGUGUGGCAGUAAAUGCAGUGGUUGUGGCUACAGCAUCUCCUGCUCUAAUACUCACUCCUUACAUCAAGAAAAAUGAAACGGAAAAAGCUAGAAACCUGUCGUCAGUUGACAAGGGUCAGUUCCUUAAUGUGGUCAGUUAUUCUGGUUACAUAACGGUAGACGAGCGGUAUAACUCCAACUUAUUUUUCUGGUAUUUCCCUGUACCUGAUCAAAAUGUGACGGAAACUCCAUGGAUCAUAUGGUUGCAAGGGGGUCCGGGGGUCACUAGCCUGGCGGGACUAUUUGAAGAGAUUGGACCAUUUGAAUACGAAACGAAAUUAAAGUUGCGGAAUACAUCGUGGGGAAAAGGUCAUUCUCUUCUGUUCAUCGAUAAUCCUGUUGGGACUGGGUUCAGCUUUACCGACAGUGACAAGGGAUUCAUACAAAAUAUGGAUGAGUGUUCGGAGCAUUUAUACAAUUUUCUGCAACAAUUCAUGACCAUAUUUCCGGAGCUACGUAAGGCGCCGCUGUAUAUUGCAGGCGAAUCAUAUGCCGGCCGCUACGUUCCUGCAUUCGCCUAUAAAAUAUUACAAAUGAAAAAAAUGCAGCGAGAUGAUCCCAUUAAUCUACAGGGCUUGAUGUUAGGUAAUCCAGUUUUCAACCGCAAAGAAAUAGUGGAUUACACGAGAAUUUAUUAUCAAUGGGGUUUGAUCGAUUCUCAAGGUGUUUUAGCGGUGAAAUCUUUACAAGACGCUUAUGUACAAGCUAUAAAUGCGAACGAUUAUAUUUUAGCAAACCAUUUACGCAAUCAGUUGUUAGACAAAUUAGACGAAAUGGCGAUGCUUCAACAAAGUUACAAUAUUUUGAAAGACAAUAUAAAUGUUAGUGGAUUUAUGUCUUUCGUUGACCAAGAUGAAAUAAAAGAAGCCAUACACGUUGGGGACAUUGUAUACGAAUUUGCGAAUGGCACUGUUCAUCAAAAAUUAAUACCAGAUUUCUUGAAGGACAGUACGCCAAAAAUUCAGGCUCUCUUGGAAAAUUACAGGAUACUAAUAUAUUGUGGUCAGUUGGAUCUGGUUGCACCAUGUGUAUUAAGUGCAGAAGGACGCCGCCGCUCAUGGUACUGGAGUCAACGCGAGAAUUUCUUAACAGCGACGAGGAUUCCGUGGCGGUACAACGACAGCGUGGCCGGAUACGUUAAGAGUGGCGGCCGGUUGACUGAAGUCCUAGUACGCGGCGCAGGGCAUCUAGUUCCAAUCGACAAACCAGAACAGGCGCAGAAACUGAUUUCUUACUUCAUCAGGGACCUCCCUUUCCGUAAGCCUCAAAAUUUCCAUGUCCAGGAUUCGUCAAACGGAACAAUAGAAAACGUUGUAGAGUUACCAGAAAAUGGUAAAGUUACAUAUUAUUAUAGUGCUGCGGGUUUAAUCGCCAGUGUUAUUAUAAAUGUGAUCUUUGUAUUUGUAAUUGUUGGGGGCGUGCUGUAUUAUUUGAGAUAUAAGAGACGUAGUACAACAUACUUCUAUGAGGUGGCCGAUGAAGAUUCCUCUAUUACUGAUGGAAUAUUGACCAUGACGUAGUACUUAUAUAAUUGAUCAUGUAAUGAGAAAAAUAUAAAUACAUACACAUACCAAAAAAUUACAAAAUCAACAGUGAUAAAUGACUAAAAAGAGAAAGAGUGAUAAUUAAAUAUAUUGAUAAAGGUGUUCUGAUACUUCAGAAUUUGAAGUAAUAAUUUUUACUAUCAAUUAAUUAAAAUACCUAGUCAUUGGACGUCAUGGUCCAUAAUUUUUGUAAUGUAUAAGGUUAUUCGGUAAUAUUAAGUGUAAAAAAUAAAAAAAAAAAAACAAACAUCUGGACAAUAAUAAAAUUGGUGCGCCGGAAAAUAAAAAAAAAAAACUUAUUUUUUCAAGACAGUUAUACAAGAUCUUUUUAUAAAGUGGAACUAGAUGUUUCAAUGUUAACUUCGUACAUGGGCACAAGGAAAGCUCUAGAGGACGGAUGGAUGUGAAAUGAGAUAAUUAUGAAUGUAUGUGAUAUAACACGUGAAAAAUUAAUGCUUCUUCUUUUUUUUUUUUAAUAAAUUAAAAUUUAUUUUGAUUUAAAAAUUUUAGAAUGUCAACUUGACCAACGUUGUAAAAAACAAAAAAUUCAUUACUAAGUACAGUCCAGACAGGCAUUAUAUUUAUAUACAAAAAUAAUCAUUGUAGAUAAUCUAAUUAUUGAAAUAUUCAUUUUGUAUAUUAUUUUAUAAGAAUAUCCAAGGAAGAUAUUAUAUAUAUAUAUAUAUAUAUAUAUAUAUAUAUAUAUACAUCUGUAAUGGCAGACUGGACAUUAGAACUUACAUCUUUAACAGCGAGAAAGGGUGGGACCUAACAUUUAUUGUUUUGAUGGAAACUCACUUUUUUUUGUGCUUUUACUGUAUUUUUGCAAUACAAAUUUUAAUAUGUAUAGGCACUUAGUUUUAGUUUAUUAUUACUUGUUUUUUCUAAUAAUUAGUUGUAUUAUUACAAUGAAAAUAAAUCUUGGAUUUGCCAGAAAUAUAAUAAAUCAAACAGUGAUUACAUAAUAUCGAAAUAACAAAACCAGUUGCAAAUAUUUUUUUAUUUAGAAAAAAUAUCUUGUAAUUUUGUAAACAAAUAAAAUUAAUAAUCAAUUAAUUUUACUUACAAUAAAGACAGAUUCAGGAUGUGAAAAUGUACAGUUUGUUGCUUUUGGCAAAGAGUUUCUAGUUACCUUCAGUAGUGCUUGCUCGAUUGUUAAACUUGAUGUUACAGUAGCAUUGUACGAGAGACACAAUUUUAUAUAUUGUUAUAUUAUUGUAAGUCAAUCGAAAAUAUUUUAUAUUUAAUAAAAAUAAUAAUUUCUUA